AUGACCAUGAAGCAGCAGGGUACCAACACUGGCCAGCAGCGCUGGCGCAUGUCGAUACAGCUCCAGGAUAGAGCACAAAACAAGGAGAGCGGGGAAAAUCGCGCUGAGCACUUAGGCCCUGCUCAACACGCGACACCAGCCACGCCGACCUCACGACACCCGAGCUCUGAUAUUACCAAUGCUGCGAGGAGCUGGGAUCCUCCUGAAUUUCCGAUGACGAGGCCAUACACGAGAUCUGAGUCCCCUAUAGACUCUUCAGCAUUGCAAAUAGCACUGCCCCCUGCAAUGCAGAGUUUCUCUGCGCCACAUGACGGCUUCUUUUAUUCUCCUGACAACCCUUUCGAUGCAGAGCCUGUCGUUUUGGGCCAGACGCGGCAUCAAGAAUAUGCGGAGUCUGAUGAUGUUCCGUUGACAUCUCAAGCACAGCCGAUUUCCGGAGCCUUUGAUCGAACCGAGCCGACGUCACAUGGUAGCCUGUCUCGUUCAUUUGAUCUGGGAAAUGGCAUUUCGAGAGGGAGGCAGACACUGCGAGCGUCUGACCAAAAGCCGCCGAGUCUUGCUAGCAGUCCAAACCGCGCUUAUGGUAUGACGCUUACUCCCGGCGAAGCAGGUCCAUCUCGCUCGCCAUCUCCAUCGGGGGCAUUCCGUCGCGCUAGCUCGAUUGUGCGCGCAAUGUCACAAAGAGUGGUCAAUAUCAGCGGAGAAAGCGAGGUUGCAGUUAACCAGCGAGUGUCAUUACAAGCGGCAAGGACCUCUCGAACAUCCGAGGGCCUAAUCUAUGAACACAAUGCAGGUGGUAUGAAUUCAAUACACAGGAAUACUUCAUACCAGCCCCAGGUUGUUGAACCAGCAGGAGAGAAACAAAUUGUCCCUGGCUCUCUUGCAGCUUUACCGCGACGGCCGCCUGGAAAUUUCGUCAACCCGUUGAAAGGACACUCGCUUGGAGUAUUUUCCCCUCAGAGCAAACUCCGGCUCCGACUUUGCGAUGCUCUUGUGAAUCCAUACACUGAGCCCAUCAUCUUAUUGUUGAUCGUUCUUCAAGCUGUUCUGCUGGCUGUUGAAUCUGGACCAAGUGUAUUCACGCCAGGCCAUGAACGAUCCGAGCGUUUUGGUGGCAAGGUAAUGGAUUGGGCAAUGCUAGUCCUUUUCAUAGUAUUCACCCUAGAGAUAGGAGCGCGUAUAGUUGUAUCGGGUCUGGUCAUUAAUGCAGCAGAGUAUAGCACGAUCGAUCGCAAGAAAGGAGUCCGUGCCAUCAUCUCAGAACAAUAUCGAACUUUUUUUCAGCCCCAACCUCAGCGGUCAGUGAAAGCUCAUCGCCAAAUUCAUCCUGAUCAACCAACCAUCACUCGAUCUUUUACGACCUUUAUGCAUGGGCCUUCAGAUGCUCCAGAAACUGUGGAAGCUCAGAUGCGUUUCCAGCUUGCGCGGCGCGCAUUCUUGCGGCAUUCCUUCAACAGAUUGGAUCUGAUUGCUGUUGUUUCAUUCUGGGUAGCAUUCAUCUUGGGUAUCACUGGCCUAGAAAGUCGGCAUCACUUGUACAUCUUCAAAAUGCUCAGCUGUCUCCGCAUUCUGCGCUUGCUUUCGCUUACGCAUGGCACAGCAAUCAUUCUGCGUAGUCUCAAAAAGGCUGCACCACUGCUUGUACGUGUUGCUUUUCUUCUAUGCUUCUUUUGGCUCUUGUUUGCCAUCAUCGGCGUUCAAAGCUUCAAGGCCAGUUUUAGUCGUCAAUGCAUUUGGCUAGACCCUUCUCAACCGACAAAUUUAUCGGCCGCCUUUACGAAUGACGAUCAGCUCUGUGGAGGUUAUUUGAGUAACGAAACUGGUACUAUCAUGCCUUGGGUCAAGUUUGGGAAUUCCAACUCUUUGGAAGGUCUGGUUCCUGGAGCAGGCAAGGGUAAGGGAUUCAUUUGCCCCCGGGGGUCUCUUUGCCUCCAGCAAGACAACCCGUCUAAUGGCACGGUGAAUUUCGACAACAUCUUGCAAUCUUUGGAGCUAGUUUUUGUCAUCAUGAGCGCAAAUACCUUUUCGGAUCUUAUGUAUCAGGCGAUGGCUUCCGACUAUCAGCAGGCCGCACUCUUCUUUGGCGCUGGAAUCAUGAUCAUGACCCUCUGGCUCACCAACCUUCUCAUUGCGGUAAUUACCUCCUCUUUCCAAAUUAUCCGGGAAGAGAGCAAGGGAAGCGCGUUCACCUCAGAUCAUCGAUCACCCAUUCAGCCACACUUUGAUGAUCGUACUCGAAAAUCGACACUGCAACGUGUCGUCGAGAAGACUAAGCUGCUUUUCACCUUGAUCAUCGUCUUCGGAUUAAUAUGCCAAGCUUGCCGCAGCGCUAGAAUGUCGCCCUCUCGCGAGAAAUUCAUCAACGGUGCUGAAAUUGCAGUUACGCUUCUUCUAGAUGUUGAGUUAUCAGCGCGGCUGGCUUCAAAUUGGAGAAAUUUCCACCGAAGCUGGGCGAGUUUGUUUGAUCUCGGGCUGGCAACCAUCACUACUGUCAUACUUAUUCCACCAAUUCGCCACACACCAGCAUACUGGUGGCUCACAGUCUUUCAAAUUGUUCGAGCCUACCGAAUCGUGUUGGCGGUGCCGAUGACCCGAAAACUUAUCCUACUUGUGCUCGGAAACGCCGCUGGUAUUGCGAACCUGAUGCUCUUUGUCUUUUUGAUGACGUUUCUCGUUUCCAUCUUUGCUUCACAGCUGUUUCGGGGGGAGAUCCCGGUGUUCAAUGAAGGUGGCGAACUCAAUCGCGUAUCCUUCUUUACUAUCUAUAACUCCUUUCUGGGGAUGUACCAAAUAUUGUCCAGUGAAAAUUGGACCGACAUACUCUACUCGGUUACGUCUUAUGCGCAUGGCUAUAAAACUGGCUGGAUUGGCGCCACAUUCCUCAUUGGCUGGUUUACGCUAUCGUACUUCAUCUUGGUAAACAUGUUCAUUGCUGUCAUCCAAGAAAACUUUGAUGUAUCAGAGGAUGAGAAGCGCCUUGAGCAGGUCAAGGCCUUCCUACAGCGCAAGGAACUUGGCCACAAUGCAAGCAAUCUCGCACUUUCAUCAAUAUUCAAUCUGGCCAAGUCUCGUCGCCGGCGUGAUCCUUUGGACUAUGGUCCCGCCAUGAUGGAAAUGCUUCUCAAGGAUGCGGUAGUCCGUGAGUUUCUUGAUGAUGAGAAUGCGGAGCCUCUGCAAGUCUCCCCAGAAAACGACGGGGCCGGCCGGUUCCCAUCAACCUUGCCGCGAAACUCGAGCUCUGGCUUGGUCGGCGUCUGGCAAAGGUUCAAAAACAAGUUUACAGACCAGGAACCUAACCCAUUCUAUACAAGCAUUAAGUUUGAUGGACCGAAUGAUACGUUGGACCCGCGACAAAUGGCUCGCCAGGUUGUAUCUGCAACAGCUGCAAGGCGCAAAGCCCAAAGAGGAUAUCUCACGAGACACCCGAAUUACAACACGACAUUGUAUUUGUUUCCACCAACCAGCAAACUCCGAAGAUUUUGCCAGAGACUUGUAGGCCCUGCCAGAGGCUUUGAACGAGUCGACGGAGUUGACCCUAACAAGGUCGCGUGGUAUGCGCUUUCGGCCUUUGUAUAUGCCUGCGUCGUGGCCAUGGUGGUGAUUGCUUGUGUCACAACCCCACUUUAUCAGCGAGAAUACAGAGAAGUGCACCAAGCAGAUAACCUUAACUGGUUUGUUUGGACGGAUUUAGCAUUCGUGCUUGUGUUCACGCUGGAGGCCGCCAUCAAAAUGAUCGCAGACGGCGCAUUUUGGACCCCAAACGCGUAUCUACGGAGCCUGUGGGGAGUCAUGGACACAUUGGUCUUGGUGACACUCUGGAUCAAUGUUGUUACACUAUUCAUCAAUGAUGGAGCCAUCUCCCGAGCGGUAGGAGCUUUUAAAGCAUUGAGAGCUCUACGGCUCCUGAAUGUCAGCAACAGCGCCCGAGACACAUUCCAUGCGGUCAUCAUCAUUGGUUGGUGGAAGAUUUUCGGCGCUGCUUUCGUUUCGAUCUCUUUGCUCAUCCCAUUUGCGAUUUACGGGCUGAACAUCUUCAACGGCAAAAUGAUAUCGUGUAAUGACGGCGACGGCAUAACACGACUGGCCCAAUGCUUUGGCGAAUAUGGUAGCACCCCUUUCAAGGAUGAUUGGGUGAUGCUAGCUCCCCGCGUAGCAGACAACUCAUAUUUCAAGUUCGAUGACUUUGGUUCAUCGCUGUUUACGCUCUAUCAAAUUGUCAGCCAAGAAGGGUGGACAGAUGUGUCAUUCGCAGCACAAGCCAUUACAGGCCGAGGAUUGCAGCCCCAAGACCUUGCCGCACAGGGUAAUGCCAUGUUCUUUGUUGUGUUCAACCUAUUAGCCACCGUCUUUAUCCUUACAUUGUUCAUAUCCGUUUUCAUGCGCAAUUAUACCGAACAAACUGGCGUUGCCUUUUUGACAGCAGAGCAGCGAUCCUGGCUAGAACUGAAGAAGCUCUUGAGACGGAUCUCUCCAUCUAAGAGCUCUUACGAUGACAAGGGCAAAGAGUGGAAGCGAUGGUGCCACAAGAGAGCCAUAGAGAAACGUGGCAAGUGGUAUCGGAUGAUCACAGUGGUGCUCGUUCUUCACCUCGUCCUUCUCAUCGCAGAAUUCAAUAACGAACCGCGAUGGUGGGCUAGAACACGAGAAUUUGUAUCCUUGUUGUUCAUCCUGAUCUACAUGAGCAAUAUCGCGAUACGCAUAUUUGGGCUUGGUUGGAGCAGAUUCAGGAAAAGUUCAUGGGACCUGUAUGCUUUAGUCGUGGUUUCCGGGGCAUUUAUCGCCACCCUUUCGCUUCUGAUUGCCAGUACUCGUGGUCAGGCCUACGAACAGCUGUACAAGACAUUCUUGGUGGCUAUCAUUCUCUUGCUGAUACCACGAAAUGACGCAUUGGAUCAGCUCUUCAAAACCGCGGCGGCAAGUCUGACGGUCAUUAGCAACUUGCUAGCCACCUGGCUCGUUCUAUUCUUGGUAUUUGCUAUCGCAAUGACGCAGGCCUUCAGCUUAACUCGCUUUGGUGGGCAAGAAACGAGUGACUUGAAUUUCCGUACAGUGCCCAAUGCCCUGAUUCUUCUAUUUCGAAUGAGUCUGGGAGAAGGUUGGAACGAAAUUAUGGAAGACUAUGCCGGUAUUGAGCCACCUCUUUGCGUGAAGGACUCAACCUUCUUCGACAGUGAUUGUGGAAGCAAGCCUUGGGCGCGAAUACUCUUUGUGGGUUGGAACAUUAUCAGCAUGUACAUCUUCGUCAACCUCUUCGUUUCUCUAAUCUAUGAGAGCUUCAGCUAUGUCUACCAGCGAUCCAGCAGCAUGGCAGUCGUUGACAGAGACGAGAUUCGUCGCUUCAAAGAAGCAUGGAGAAGCGUUGAUUCUGCAGGAACUGGCUAUAUUACAAAGAGUCAAUUUCCGCGCCUGCUUGGUGAGCUCUCUGGUAUUUUCCAAAUGAGAAUCUACGAUCCCGAAGACUCUGUCUCCCAGAUCCUUGACCACGUGCGAAACGACGGAGGAAUGUCGCGACAUUCCUCCGUCGUGGUCUCAAAAACCGGUAGCGAGAUCGACCUCGGCAAACUCAAUAAAAGAUUAAUGAAUCUUGACAUCGAGAGAAUCCGAACCAGGCGCCGCGUCUUCAAUAUAUUUUUUGAAGAAGUCCUGGUUGCAGCAGAUCCUGACAGAGGCAUCGCAUUCUCGGAUGUUCUACUUACUCUAGCUCACUAUAAAAUCAUCAAUGAUAGCAAGAGCCUCAGACUCGAAGAAUUUCUACGACGAAGAGCUCGACUUCAGCGUGUGGAUGAGGAAAUUCGACGAAGAAUUGUCUUAGGAUUCUUCGAUACUUUAUACUGGUCCAGAAAGUUCAAACAGCAUAUGUGCAUGAAGCGUUCGGCGCGUAUGACAAUGGUCCCUCAGUUGAGCGUGCCCGAAAUUUUAGUUGACGACGAGGAGUCAAACGUGAACACAGCUGCCGGUACUUCCGAUAAAACAAAUCGACCGUUGCUUCCAAGUCUGAAUACGAAUUUGGAGACGCCCAAGAAACCAUCGAUCUGGGCCGCCGAAAUCUCACCGAGAGACUCCGGGGUUCAGCACCCAUUGAGUUUUCCCAGGACAUCUGGCGAAGGAUUAUCCCCACCAGUCAGUCCUAUGCGGACGGAUUUCCAACUCAGCCCUUCGGAUGCCUCUAACGCGGAUUCCGAACGCAGAGGUCGAUCUCUAAGCCCUGCGCAAGCCCGUGGCAUGUUGGAUGAUUCCGUCUGGGUGGAAAGUAUCAGGAAGAGCAAGACUCUUCGACAUUCAAACAAAAGCACCUAUAGAUAUGGCGACCUUGAUUGA